AUGCAGCAGCGGCCGUGGGGAGACGAGUGGCAGCAAGUCCGCAGAAGAGGAGCCCGAGACCAAGCAGAGGACGAUCAACCGUGCGAGGCAGCUGGACCCGGAGAGAAGACCCCAAGAGGGGACCCUGAGAGCUGGCCCCCAAAAAGCUGGACCCGGAGACCGGACCCCAAGAGCGGACCCCGAGAGUGGAUCCCGAGAGCAAGACCCGGAGAGUGGACCCAGAGAGCAGAUCCCAAGAGCGGAUCUAGACAGUGCAUCCAGAGAGCAGACCCAUAG